AUGGAGUACUUUUGUUACCAUUGCCCGCGUACUUGCGCUAGCAAGGCAGCUUUGGACAAUCACUGUUGGGACAAGCGUCAUAAGCCUGCCUCAAUAUGUAUUGAUUGCGGCGACUUGUUCGACAGUGCAGGUGCCUUGGAGAAGCAUACAGCUUCUGAGCAUCCCCCGUCCCAAAUAGAGUUAGUUUGUGACAACUGCCACCGUACUUUCUCUAGCAUGGCGGCUUUGGAUAGUCACUGUUCGGUCAAAGGUCAUCAGCCAUACUUGAAUGAUUUCCUCCGCCAGAAGCUUGGCUUUCAAGCUCCAGUGCUGAGUUUGGAGUGCGGCCUAUGCCGGUGCCAAUUUUACGAUGAUGCGGGUCUUGAGCAACAUAAGGCUGAUAUGCACCAGAUCAAGUGUUCGGAAUGUCCAACAAUCUCGACCUCCCUUACAAACUAUCUUCAACACCUGAAAGGCAAGCACGAAUUGGCAUGCGAGAAAUGCACUGGUACAUUCAAAAGCUCCGAAGCCCUCAUAGACCACACAAGUCAGUGGCACGAAUUCAAAUGCACCAAGUGCGAUCAGAUAUUUAGCUCGGCAAGUCUACUGCAGGAGCACCUCCAUCCCGGCCACCUCUUCUCCUGUGUCGCUGGUCUUGCUGGUUUCCACGCAUUGAAAGACCUCGAGGAGCAUCACCAAGUUGCACAUCGGUAUGAAUGUAAUAAGUGCGAUAAGUUCUUCAAUAGCAUGGAUCUUCUUUGGGCCCACUAUGAUUCCACGCAUAUCCGUCAGCGCAAAGUUUGCCGUGAUUUCAUGGACCCGUCCCUCGACCUUAGAGAACACGACAUAUGCUUUCAUAUAUCGCGGCAGCAUAUCCCGCCACCUACUCUUGUUAAUCGAUCAGUCAACGAUCCAAAGCCCCAGCCAACACCAACAACGGUGUUAGCUAGACCAAUUACCGCUUCUCCAGCCACGAUCCGCGCCAUUUUAGCUUUCGAAAAAAAUAUGCUGAUGCUUGGUGCGGAACGCACGAGAAGAGAUCAGGAACAACAAGCCAUGGCAAACUCGGCAAAUAUGGAGUGGAUUCGCAAUAAAGCGAAGGCGAUGGGUAUCGAUCUGAUGUCGAACCAGACUAUGUAUCCAACCAACCAGUGUCCAAAGCCCUGCGAAUCAACCUACUGA